CCAAUAGGAGAACCAAUUUCAAUCACAAAAAGGGUAUGAUAGUGCAACUCUGAUCGACUGAUCGUUCUCACCAAACCCUCCUUUUACGGCAAAACAAAACAACCCCUCCUUCAUUUUCAUCCCCUCCUUCCUCAUUCAUCUCCGUUAAAGGAAAAAAAAAAAUGGAAAAGAAAUCAGCUUCGAUGGCGGAACUGUCCAACACUACCCAUUUGACUGCUUCGGUUGUGGACAAUCGUAAUUUGGUUGAACCAAUGGGAAAGUGUCAGGCAAGAGGGAAUAGUUCCAGGCGGUGAAGACAAAAUUAUAUUAAAAAAGGGGUUAGCAAGCUUCUAAAACCCCAAAAUCUUACAACUGCGACACAAGGAGGGUGGUAAUUGCCAAACCAUUUGCACAUCUUAGGCCCCAACUAGCUUUGUCAACCAAGUGUUGCUGAUUAGUUCGAGGUUUGGAGUGAUCUUCAAACAGUCUGGACAUCGCUCGCUUUUUUUUUAGUAAAAUUUAAGAAGUGAUCCCCAAAUGGACACACGGGAUAAAGCUGUUACUGAACUGAAGAAGGCUGAAGAAAAUGCUCCAGUUAUACACCUGGGUUUAGACUAUCGACUUAAAUACGGGAUUAUCUGGAUCUUCGUCACAAUGCAGCUUGUAGCAUCUGCAAUUACAAAUGGUGUUGAGUAUAUGCUGACCGAUUAUGAUGUUCCUGCCCAAGCUGUUGGAUUAACCUGUUUACUUGUACUUUUUAAUCUCUUGUUGUUGCCCUCGUUUUUUGAUGCAAUGGAAGAUCUUCUCCACUUUUGGUACAGGUGGAGAUACCCUAUCUUCAUAUUCUCAGCUUUCUUUUGUUGGUUUUUCUGGUGGCUACAUGUUUCUUGCAGUUGGCUCAACCUGUCUUACUCAAAUGCUAUGAUGUGUGCGCUUUCGCGAUCAUUUUAGUUUAGUUUCCUCAUGAGUGGGAGUAUUAGUGGUAUUGGUUAUGUUUCUUUUAUUUUUCGGUCGUCUUACUAUUAGAUCGAGUCCUAUCAGUGUUGACAUUUGUUUCUUUUAUUUUGCAUUGGUGGUUUAUUCAAAGCAAAACUUUAAGAA